CUAUAGGAGCUGGCAAGCGUUUACCCGAUGGAGGCGAAGUUGGCAGAAUUUCGGGCGAAAAAAGAAAAAGAGCAGAACUCUCUUCGGUCGCAAAUAUCAGUCUGGUUAUUUGGCAAUAGAAAUAAAGAAAACAAGUCAAAGCAAACGACAGAGACAUUCAUACCGACAGAAGGUCAGCAGGCACCAUGUAGGAAAAGACCAGUUGCAACCAAUGAAAUAUUGACAGCAACAAGCGUUCAAGAACACUUUGAUGAAUUAACUGAAAAAAAUUGGAGAGACUAUAUUCCUUUAGGGUUGAAGGUACUUUUGUGGCUGUGUCUGUGGAAGUUUUUUAUCGAAAUAGGUUUUGGGGCAGUUUACUUUGUGGUUUCAUGCUCAUAUUUGAUGUACACAAAUACUCAGACAGAACCUAGAAGAAGAGGACAACUAAGUGCAUACUCUGUGUUUAAUCCAAAUCAGGAGAGACUGGAUGGAACAUUUACAGCUGAACAGUUUGAAAAAGAGUUACGUAUGGGAGCAGGAUCUGUCAAAUAA